GGGACACGGCGGUGACACCGGUGACACCCAAGGGGACAUCGCUGCCAGGACAGGAUGAGCAAGUCCCAGCAGAGCCAGGAGCCGCUCUCGGAGCUGGAGAAGGCCUUGGACACCAUCAUCGACGUCUUCCACCAGUUCUCGCGGCGGGAGGGGGACAGGGACACCCUCACCAAGAAGGAGCUCAAGCUGCUGAUCGAGAAGCAGCUGGCGAAUUACCUGAAGCACGUGAAGAACAAGGCCACCAUCGACCAGAUCAUGAAGGACCUGGACGUCAACAAGGACGCCCAGAUCAGCUUCGGGGAGAUGAUGCUGCUGGUGACCCGCGUCACCUGCGCCACCCACGAGCACCUGCACGAGGUGGAGGGACACCAGCACCAGCACCAGCACCAGCACCAGCACUGAGGCAGCGCCGCGGCCCUCCCCUCCCUCCCCUCCCCUCCCCUCCCUCUGGGGAACCUCGGAGCUCGGGAAAGGCUCCGGAGCCAAAUCCACCCUUCCCUUCCCUUCCCUUCCCUUCCCUUCCCUUCCCUUCCCUUCCCUUCCCUUCCCUUCCCUUCCCUUCCCUUCCCUUCCCU